AUGAAUUUUAUCAAUAACAAGUUUGAGGAUAUUGAAAAAGAACAGACAGAAGCCAAGAAAGCUAAUAAGGAAUUACUUGAGGAUAACCUUAAAAUGAAAAGUUUUGUUUCCGAACUUUACAUUCGACUUAUUUUUGCGGAACAACGUAUUAACAUAACAGAGAAACAUUUGCGCGCAAAUAAUCUAGAACUUCAGCGUGUAGCUGAAAAUAGAAAUGAGAACUUGAAUAAUCGUUGGCGACGUCGAUGUAGGUCCAAGAGCAUUAAACUACCCCUCGCCGCCAUUAUGCAGAGAUUGUUGCAACGCUUGCGGGAGGUGGACUGGGUCCAAGUUCGACGAGAUACCCAUAUUACUUUCACUAAGCUCAUUCGAACCAAAGAUCCGAGAGAUUCAGAAAGUGCUCAAGAACUAACUGUGCCAACCAGACAACGUUUAUCGCGAUGUCUAACCACAAUGGACCUCACGUCACUCGGGGUCGGAUCUUGCGUCGGCACUGGGAUGUACUUAGUGACCGGUAUGGUUGCUAGCAAGUUUGCGGGGCCUGGUGUAGCUUUAAGCUUCAUUAUCGCAGCAGUAGCUAGUGUUUUUUCUGGUGCCUGCUAUGCGGAGUUUGGAGUACGUGUGCCCAAUACCACGGGAUCGGCGUACAUGUACUCGUACGUGACAGUCGGAGAGUUUAUCGCAUUUGUUAUCGGCUGGAAUAUGAUUCUGGAGUAUUUGAUCGGUACAAGUGCCUGUGCUCGCGCUCUGAGUGCAUGCUUUGAUUCUCUCUGUGAUGGAGCGAUCGCCAGCAGCCUAGCAUCCGGCAUUGGGACAAUCUUUGGUAAACCACCAGAUUUCCUUGCUUUCGGUAUAUCACUUCUAAUGACAAUGGUAUUGGUUGCCGGAGUGAAGAAAUCACUUUUCUUUAACAACCUCUUAAAUGCUAUUAAUCUCUGCGUAUGGGUUUUUAUCAUUACUGCGGGCCUGUUCUACGUUGAUCUCACUAACUGGACUGAGCACAAGGGAUUCUUGCCAUAUGGUUGGAGUGGAGUAUUUAGCGGUGCAGCGACUUGUUUUUACGCCUUUAUCGGGUUCGACAUCAUUGCCACCACUGGAGAGGAAGCUAACAACCCGAAAAGAUCCAUUCCCUUGGCAAUAGUGCUAAGCUUGGGGAUCAUCUUACUUGCUUAUGUCAGCAGCUCUGUGAUACUCACUCUAAUAGUGCCGUAUGACAGAGUGGACACGGACUCGGCGUUGGUGCAGAUGUUCGCCUACGUUCAGGCUCCGACGUGCAAGUACAUAGUCGCCGUAGGCGCGCUGGCUGGUUUAACCGUUUCAAUGUUCGGUUCCAUGUUCCCGAUGCCACGUGUUGUUUACGCCAUGGCUCAGGACGGACUGAUUUUCAAGCAACUUGCAUCUAUCUCAGACAAGACCGGUUCACCUGCUUUUGCCACCAUUUGUGGUGGUAUAGCUGCAGCCUUCGUUUCCCUUGUAGUACAACUUGAAGUCCUCGUAGAAAUGAUGAGCAUUGGGACCCUUCUAGCAUAUACCUUAGUAUCAACUUGCGUGCUAGUACUACGAUAUCAACCACAUUCUACCAAUCUGAUCGAGCUUUUACCGCAAAGCCUUCGUACUCCGGUCGAUCCCGAAGCCUCGGCUUCACAAAGAGAAACUGCAUUUUCUGUGCACUCUCAAACUCAAAUCAUGCCUCCAAGUCAACGUGUGAUGGUUCGACGUGUCACUCGAAGUUCUCCGGAUUCUGAUGACUCCCUCCCCGGUGAUGAAAGCGAGGAAUUUGGUCGAGACGAUACUUUUCUUAUGAACCCUCAUACAGAGAAUAAGUUUUAUGGAGCAGUUCCUGGUGGUUCGUCCAUUAGCUCCACACGUUGUGGACGUUUCUUCGAUGCUCUGUCACGUCAACUACACACUAUGUCGUAUCUUUGUCCUGGAUUGUUUCCAUGGGUUGAUUGCGGACCUGCUACCGAGAUGAGUGGAAUGUACGUGAUCAAAUCGGUUGGCGUCAUGUACGUAUUGGUUAUUAUUUUCGACUUGUUCGCUGCAUAUGGCCAUCCCGGAACUUCCACUUUUACUGCAGUGGUGAUGUCCCUUCUGAUCUUGGGUAUUAUUUUUAUCUUGCUGAUGAUUUCGAGGAAACCACAAAAUCGGGUCGCACUUAUGUACACGACUCCCGGAUUACCUUUCGUGCCAGCAACUGCCAUCGUCGUUAACAUUUAUUUGAUUCUCAACCUGUCAAUCUUAACUUUAGUCCGAUUCACUAUUUGGAUGAUACUUGGUUUGAUAAUGUACUUCAAAUAUGGUAUCAAAAAUUCAACUCUGGAGACCAAUCCACCAGCGCCUCCUGCUUUUACACCACCCCCGCUAAAUCCUUUAGAAAGAACUAUGAUACCUCCAGCUGCUAGCGAACCCCGCCCAGUAGGAGAUCGGAAUAUUUUCGAAGGAGACGGAAUCAAUGGGAUGUUUGGCUCUUACGAUCAAUAUUCGGAUCCGCUGCUUACCUGGCAUGUGACUGAAUUGGAACCAGUACCGUCGAGCAGCCGCAUGUCCAGUGGUGACACUACUUACAAACAAGUGGAAUCUCGCUACAACGCGAAAACGAAUAGUACCUCCUCGCACACUUCGUGCCGCCCGCCCUGGGCCUACCCUGAUACAGGCUAUGACAAUUGGGACGAUUAA